AUGUCAUCUUUUCAUAAAAUAAACUCUGUUUUGAAAACAUUGACCCAAAAAUUUGCUCAAAAUCAUUCAAAUUAUUCAAUUGUUUCAGCUAUAACUUAUGCUUAUUUUUCAUAUCUACAUAACUCAAAUGAUUUAAUUUUACCAGUUUUAAACUUCACAAGAAAUGAAUUAAACUCAAGAAAAGAUGCUAUAUUAUUAUUAAAAAAUUAUAAAAUUGAUACUGAAAACUUAUUCUUUUCUGAUGAUUUAUCCAGAUUAUCUAGACCAGAUUUCCUUCAAGGAAUCCAUUUAGUUGAUCAUAAUACUCCACAAGGUUCAAUAAAGUCUUUAAAAGCUCCCAUUGUUGGUAUUAUAGAUCAUCAUGAAGAUGAAGGUCAAUCAUUACAAAUUAAUCCAAGAAUUAUUGAAAAAUCAGGUAGUUGUUCAAGUUUAGUUUUCAAAUAUUGGUUUGAUCAAAUUCAAGAUAAAAAUUUAAUUGAUCCUGAUGUUUUUAAAUUAUUAUUAGGUCCUCUAGUUAUUGAUACAACAAAUUUAACUUCCAAAAUUGAAUCAACUGAUCUUGAGGUUUUCAAAAUUUAUCAAGAAUAUUUAUCAGAUUUUAAUACUGAAUCAUUUUUCAGUGAUAUUAAAGAAGCUAAAAAUAAUAUUGAAGGAUUAUCUGCUCAUGAAAUAUUUGCUAAAGAUUAUAAAGAUUUUGAAGUUUUAAGUUCAAAUGACGGACAUUUAAAGAAAAAAAUUGGUGUUACAUCAAUUGUUAAACCUUUUAAAUGGUUACAAUCAAAUUUUGAAAAUUUAAAUGAAUUAUCAUCUGAAUUUCUUCAACUUGAAAAAUUAGAUUUUUUUAUAAUAAUGACUAGUUUUAUUAAUGAACAAGGUGAUUUUAAUAGAGAAUUGGGUAUUAUUUCUCAAAAUGAAUCAAAUAAUUUACUAGAAGUUCAAAUUGUUGAAUCAAUUAAAGAUAAUUUAAGCUUAGAGAAGGUUUCAAAUUCAAGUACAAGUACAAGUACAACUAGUGAACCAAUUCUUCAAAUUUUUAAUCAAAAGAAUUUAAGUGCUAGUAGAAAGCAAGUCAUUCCAGUAUUUAAGAAAUCUUUAGAAAAAUUUUAG